AUGCUCGAUAUCAAAACUAAAACUUUGCCUGGUGAUCUCCUCCAGAAGUCAAAGCAGAGUCUGCCAGUGCUCAUUGCCAGAUACAACUUGGACUCCUUUAAGUCAUUUAAUUUCCAGGACGACAUUGAGUUUUGUCCAGUUGCUCACAACACCGCUUCUGACUUUUUGGACUCGUCAUCGACCAGAUCUUCGACUCCAAUCUCCGCUAACUCAUCUUUCUCCACUACCCCAGAAAAAAACUACGACUCUUUUGCCAGUUUGCGUAACAACCCAGAAAAGCUGUACUUGUCUCCAAUCACCAAAGUUUCCAAAUUAUCUACUCCAAUGAAAAACACUACUACUACCGCCACCCAAGGAUACCCACCACAAUACUCCCCGCAACAUUUCUUCAACAAUAAUAUCAUCACCUCAAAUGACUACCAUGUUUCUACUCAUCAUUUGAAUCAGGCCUCAAUGAACAACAACAACAACAACAACAACAACAACAACAACAAAAACAAUAUUCAUCAAUAUCAAUCUAGAAACUUGAAAUCAAACUCCCUUUCUUUCAACCCUUCUUCUAAUAAUGUGUUUUCUGGAAACCAAAUGUACGGCCACGGUUACAACAAUAACAACAAGAAAAGAUUUGACUUCAACAAUAAUCAUAUGGUUAGAUCAGUCAACAACCACAACAACUAUAGAAACAACCGUUUGUACUGA